AUUUGUAACCCAUAGUCCAGUGACCGUAUGUGUGUGUGUGCGUGCGCGCGUGUGUGUGUGUUGGUUGGUGCGAAUAUACUCCAAGAUAUACACAGAAAAAAAGAGCCCAAACAUAUAGUUCACGCGCCACGGCAAUAAAAUCGUUUCUCAAACUUUUUAUUGUUAUCGUCGCUCGUCGUCUUCGAAAAGGAGGCUUAUCUUUCUUCGAUUAGCUAGAGUUAAUAUAGAGAGAGUCAACUAUACUCUACGUGUGUGUCAGCCCGUGCGUAAUAUCACGAUCGUCGAGAGAGAUUGCACCGAGCGAAAAAUUCAUUUCGCAGUCUUGCAGGAUAUAAAUCUGCGAUUGGACGUUCUCGAUAGGUCGCCUAUAUUAUAUUAUAUUAUUGAUACGGGAGCCGCGCACGCACCUUACGAUUGCAACGCUGUGCAUACCAUAUACACAACGGUGCGUGUGUUGAUUUUCGUCUAUACGAUAAUAUCGUAUGCGUGUAUUGGUGUAUCUGUCCAAACUCGGCCGUCAAAACGAAGCCAAAAAUGCCAAUGAGUAACCAUACACCCCUGGAGGACAUGUCGAGCUCUCGAGGUCAGGCCAGCAAUGGCCCGCCUCCGAACUGUCAAAAAGUGUUCAUUCAACGAGAUUACAGCGACGGCACUAUGGUCAAAUUCCAGACUAGAUUUCCCACCGAACUCGGCGACAGGCUGGAUCGUCCAACUUUUGAGUACACAAUCAACCAGUUGAACAAUUAUUUUGCAGAGGCCGAAAGAGCAAGUUGUUCCACAUACUGCGAAGGUUGCCUAGCAUGUCUUACUGGUUACCUUAUAUACAUUUGCACUGAGACUCAUUACGAGAAGUGUUUACGCAAGGUUGCUAAAUUUGUGAGUGAACAAAAUGACAGAGUGUACAGGCCGCGUGGUUUACUAUUGACUGACCCAACCACGCGAGGGCUUAGACUAAUAGAAAUCUCGGUGCUAGACAGACCUGCAUCGUGACUGCAUGUGAGCCAAUCUACUGAAAUCUUCAUGUGACCUUAGUAAGCAUCUGUUGUUUAUAAGAAAAACUAAACGAGAAAAAGGAAGAAAAGAAAAAUCACAUGUUUGCGCCUAGUUUUUGAGUGGUGUUAAGUAUUUUAUUUUUCAUUUUAUAUACACCAAAAAUAUCAUGAUACAAAAUUGUUAAUAUCAUCUGUACAGAUUGUCAGUAUCUAAUAUUCUAAUAUGUAUGUGAGAGAAUUCAAACGAACUUGUAAAUGGUUUCGUUUGAAAUUUCUUUGACACGGUGGCCACUUUUUAAAAAGGUCCAUGAUGAAUGUAGGUAACCAAAGAUUUUUUUUGCUCCAGCAGAAAACGAGAAAUGUUAUAUUUGCCUCGAAUAGUUAAAACUGCAAUGUGUAAUUGAUGUAAGAGAGAAAGACAAAUUUAUGAAAUUUUAUUGUUCAUGGCCACCUUGUUGAUAUCACAGAUUAUUUAUAAACAAAAACAUCGAGAGCUUCUUGUGUAUAUAUUUAUACCAUUAUCAACCAGUUUAUAGGUUCAAUACACAGUUACAAACGUA